CGCGAAGACAGUCACCCGUAGGCCAGCAGCUGAGCGGCAAGUGUUCUUCGACGACCCCGGUAACACUGAUCCGAAAGCCCAACAACACAAUCAGUUUAUACGCAGGAAGGAGAUAACCAUAAAAUCACUCCAAUGCAUUUCGGUUCUUACGCCGAGAGAAUCGAAGAAAAAUGUCGCUGCCCAGAGAAUGGAGCUUUCAAGAAUCGUGUCGUAUGGUCGAUCGGGGACUCGGAUCAGGGCCGACCGCGACCGCGUCUCAGGAGGCGGUCGGCCCCGUCAUCGACGAGAAUAUGAACCAGCAGAACCAGCUGGGAUCCCUCUUUUCGAUUCACUCGGCCCCGGUCUUCGACCUCAACAACGGGAUGCCAUCCCCGAAGAGACCCGGGUCCCUCCUCGUCCAGGCCACCGCGACUUCGACGCCGCUUGUACCGCCGCACGUCAGUCCCCCGGAGACGAUCGAGGACGAGGACAACGACAACCUCCUGACCAUCUCGAGCCUCACCGCGAGGCCUCUGAUCGCCAAGUCCAGGGAGCUUCGCUCCUCUCGUUAUCGCCCGCGGGCCAAGAAGCCCAAGAAGGUGUCGCCGCCGAAAAAUCCGAACCUUAUACCCCUCGACGGUGGAUACGGAUGGGUUAUCGUCUUCGGGGCUUUCUUCGUUCAGUUCUGGGUCGCGGGACUCGUCAAGUCUUACGGGGUGCUCUACGUUGAGGUGAUGGAGACCUUCAGAGACUCCUCGGCCUCUGUAGCCUCUUGGAUACCGGCGAUUCUAUCGUGUCUUUGUCUCGCCUUGGCUCCAGUGACUAGCAUGUUGUGCCAAAAGUACAGUUGUCGUUCCGUCGUCUUCGUUGGAGGACUCUUCUGUGCUCUUGGACUAACCAUUAGCUACUUCGCCACUAGUCUGGUUCAUCUAUUCUUCACCUUUGGUGUAUUGACUGGGAUAGGAGGAGGUCUUUCGACAACCCCUGGAAUCGUGAUCGUCUCUCAGUACUUCGACAAACAUCGUGCCCUGGCAAAUGGUAUCUGCGUGUCUGGUACGGCGGCAGGAAGCUUUGUCUUCCCUUUGCUGAUCGAGAGGCUUAUCGACGGUUUUGGAUUCCACGGUACGAUACUCCUCCUGGGUGGUUGUAUGCUGCACGUGUGCGUCAGCGCGACUCUUUACCGUCCGUUGGAGGACAACUGCGUUGAAGAUCGUACUGAGAAAGGGGACGAAGACGAUGAAAAAUCGGAGGUGGUCAAGGAGCCGUUGCCGUCGAAGCAGCAGAAGCUCGACCUCCUCUUCGCGAACGACCCUACUACUCGAAACAAUCUUUUAAACGAACUCUUUCACCAGAAUGGAGUGGUGGCCGUCGAACUUACGGACAGCGACGAGGAGAAGGACAUCAUGGGCGAAGCUCUGAGAAUGAAACCGAUAUCGAAGAUCCGGAGCUCCAGCAUCCUCCACAGUGUCGAAGACCUGUCGACGGAUUCAACGUGCGUAUACAAGGCGAGGUCGUCCUUACGUUCCCUGAGGUCCUCCGUUCCCGUUAUCACGCAAAUACCAGUAACGAACAAUCAACCACUGCCUGAUGAGCCGGCGAAGACUUUCGCCCAAAAAAUCACCCGUUACAUCGACUUGUCGCUUCUCAAGGAUCCUCAAUUCAUCAUGAUGUGCUUAUCCGUCAGCUUAAUGUCCACCGGCAGUCCUUAUAUGCUUUACUACUUACCGGCGUACGUACAUGCCGCGGGAUACACCAAAACCGAGGCUGGAUAUCUUGUCGCAAUAUCUGCUGUUCUAGAUCUCUGUGGAAGACUUGGAUUGGGCUGGUUAUCCGAUUUGCAGCUCUUCGACAGGCGAAAAGGAUACAUUGGAAGCAUCGUGGGUGCCGGGGUUGCAGUCCUCGCCAUACCGAUGGCCCAUUCGUUCUACGUUCUGGCAUGUUCAGUUGGCAUGUACGGUCUUUGCCUGGGCUGCUGGUUCCUUCUCGUCCCGGUCCUGCUUGCGGAUCAGUACGGAACCGAUAAGAUAUCCUCCAGCUACGGUCUCGUUAGGAUGUUCCAGAGCGUGGGUGGCAUCUCCAUUCCACCACUGGCAGGGUAUCUACGGGACGUAACCGGCAGUUACGCUGUCUGUUUUCUCUGCAUGGGGACUUGCAUGGUUCUCGGAGGUCUUCCGAUGCUCCUCGUUUCCGGUGAACACUCCAAGCCCUCCACACCAGCCGGAGGCUCCGUCAGUAGCAAAGGAACCGUAAAAAGUAGCAAAGAGUAAUAUCAAGCCUCAACGUAUACAGCCGAGAAUCAGGAAUCGUUGUUGAAGGUGGAUUUCUUCAACGUGUAAUACGUAAGGAAGCAAAGAAAAAAAAACGAAAAAGAAAUUAUUACAACAAUAUCGUCAAAAAUACGUCGUGUAAUAAAAUCGUACUUUGCAACUGUGGAAAAGAAAAUUUUUUUUAUCGUUCUGUCAACGGUGAUAUUAGUUACUUCCAGUACUCAAGCGUAUUAUACAUUUCGCACGACAGUAAAAUUUUUCCAGUUCAUUUAUAGUGCAAUAAUUAUAGUCACACUAUGUUUUCUGCUCCGUAUUCUAUACGAACGAAAAAGUAUACGCAUAAAAGAGAGACAUAUUAACAAUUGUUUGCUAGUGAUAACACAUGAAUAGUUUCAUAAUUAAUGAGGAACGAGGAACACUUGUCAACUACUGGCGUAAGAUAUUUAAAUAAUAGGAUGUAUAGUUAGUGCCUAUUAUAUGUUUAUCUCCACGUUUAACAGCAGCUUGUUGGAUGGUGACUCGUUUCUUUUAAAAAGUCGCCCAAAGAAACGAUUCAUUCGCAGUAAUUAGUUUCAGUUCAAUCAUAUAUAGUUUGAAUUUCUGGUCAUUUUGCUAAACGGUAGAGGAAGAGGAAGAAGAAGAAGAAGAAGAAGAAGAAAGAAAAAUGGGGAGAAUUAUUUAACGUUCUAAUUACGAAUAAAUAUGCGACUAUAGACACGUGUGUAUAUGUAUUGGAAUCGAAUUCAAAUCUAGGCAAUGGCCCAGGUUACAAUUUUAAAUAGCUUGGAUUACAUGCAUAUUACAGAAAGAAGUUUUACAAGAAUUAAUUGGCAAGUUGUGCGUAAUUGAAUGACUGUAACAUCGUUUAAUUAUACGGGGGGGAAAUCGGUUGUAGCUCGACGUUUGCGAAUACGUCGUAAAUAUUGUUAGCACGAAACGACUAAAAAUGAUCUAUGAAUAAAAAUUCGCGUUAAUCACAGCCAUAGAUAUAUAAAUUAUAAUAUUAUACGGGGCACAAUCGAAAAAUCGUUUCGCACAAUUGGGACACGUAAGAAAAAAAAAACAGAAACAAAACAUUGUAAUAAAAGAAUCCGACGGUGUAUGAUCUGUUUGUUCCGAAUGGUAUAAUAUACAUUAAAAUAUACAUAUAAAAUAAAAUAAAACUAAUGAUAUUAUUAAUGAUAAUACAAGAAUAACGAUGAAUUAUUUAAUACAUGAUAAUAUAACGAUGUAAGAAUAAUCGCGAAGUAUGAUAAAAUGAAAAAUCAAUUCGACAGCAAGUGUAAAAUAGGCUACUGCUAUACAAAAUAUUUGAAAAAAAGAGCUUUGAUAUUAAUUGCUAAUUAUAUUUUUAAUUAAAUUAAGCAUGACUGAAUAUGUGCUAUUAUGAUAAAAAAAAAAAAGUUUAAACACUGAUGAUCGUAAAACUGCGAUCACCGUAAGACGAAGGCAAAUUACAUUAAAUUACAUUAUUAUAAAAGUACAUUAUAUUGAAGGCAUAUCGUACCUGUGUUUUCGAAAAUUUUCAUCAAAGCACUCCAACUUGUUCAUUGAUUGAAUUAUUAUUAAAAACGAUUUUUGCGAGGGCUUCGAAUUUGUAUUGCUAAAUUUUCUUUUCGACGUGACGGCGGUAUAUUUAACAGCUGACAAUGAGAUGUGCCAACGUAAUGACCUAGAAAAAAAGAACUAAACCGCAAAACCAGUGACGUCGUUAACUAUCAGAUUUGUUUUUCCUUUGUUUGACGUAACGCUGUUAAUAGCCGCUUAUUCUUCUGUUUUCGCAACAUGAAAUCGUAGUGUUUGUUACUUCGUUAACAGAAUUAUUCAUUCACCGAGAGACAUUUUCGCUCAUGGGCUUGUGUGUUUAGCAUAACGUGAUCCAAACAAAUCUAUUUUUGUCUCUUUUUUUCAAAUUCACUUAACUUGUCUGGAAUUUUUGAAAGUUAAUCAGCAUAUCUUACAAUUAGUAUCGAAGGACGUUUAUAAGAUUUGUACGAAUGGUUAAAUCGCUGGAGUUGUAUCGGGUCGUGGAAGAUUGAACAAACAGUUUAAACAAUUCAGCCGUAAAGCGUGAAUUAAUUCACCGUUGGGUUAACCAAAAACCAAUAUACCUACGCAUACCUGUAAUAUACAAGUUAAAUUGAACCAAAAGAAAGUAAGAAACUGAGGGUUAAAAAAUCAAAAACAUUCCAUGUGAUUU